AUGGCCUCCACUUCGGUGAUCCUCGCCCGCGAAGAAGCGGCUGCACCUGCCGGGACAUAUUCCUACUGCAGCCGGCCCCGAGCCGUGCCCCCCAGGCGGCGAUACCGGACUGCCCCAGAUGCCACCAACCCGGAUGAGGAUUCAAUCCACUAUGCGAAUCUUAUGUAUGAGAGGAGGGUGGUCCGAGGCAAUACUUACGCCCUUCACGUGCUACCUUGGAGUGGGGAACCUGACCCCAUUGAGCUCCAGAGGCAGCGGGAGGCUCACCGGAAAGCGAUGGCUAGGAAACGUGCCCAGGAACAGCUGCGGACGAGAACCCCCGAUCCUUUGGAGGGCAGGCGGCACGUCAGAGUGCAGACGGAAUUAUACCUGGAAGAGCUUGCUGACCGUAUUGUGGAAGUCGAUGUGGAAUGUCAAACGGAUGCGUUUCUGGACCGACCGGCAACACCCCUUUUCAUUCCCGCCAAGUCUGGUCGAGAUGUGGCCACACAGAUAUUGGAAGGAGAGCUGUUUGAUUUCGACAUCGAAGUCAGGCCGAUGCUUGAAGUUUUGGUCGGAAAAACCAUCGAGCAGGCUCUGCUGGAAGUCAUGGAGGAGGAGGAGCUAGCCAACCUGCGGGCAUUCCAGUAUGCCUUCCAUGAGCUGCGGCGUGCGGAACUUGCAGAGGUGCAGCGCCUCGAAGAGCAGGAGAGACGCCACCGGGAGGAGAAGAUCCGCCGCAAGAAACAGCAAAUGGAAAUCCUGAUGAUGGAGAAAGAGACCGCUGAGAAAAUUGCGGCUCGGGCAUUUGCUCAGCGGUACCUGUCGGACCUCAUUCCUUCCGUCUUUGGUAGCCUUCGGGAUAGCGGGUACUUCUUCGAUCCGGUGGAAAGAGAUAUUGAAACUGGAUACCUGCCGGAGGUGAUGGACAAAGUAGUAGAGAACAUAGAGAAGAGGAUUCUGGGAGGAAUCAUGAUGGACAGCUUAAUUCAAGCCGUGAUGCAAAAGCGGCUGGAUGAUUUUGAACUGGGGCCAAUGCCACCAGAGCCUGACCAACCAGAAGAAUCCGUCGACCAUGAUCACACACCUUCCAUGGAGUUUGUUAUAAGGACUGAGCUCUCGGAUCAGGUGGAAGGUUCAGCUCAGCCAGAAGUCUCGGAUCAGGCAGAAGGUUCGACUCAGCCAGAAGCCUCAGAUCAGGCGGAAGGUUCAGCUCAGCUGGAAGACUCAGAUCCAGCGGAAGGUUCAGCUCAGCCAGAAACUUCGGAGCAGGUGGAAGGUUCAGCUCAGCUGGAAGCCUUGGAUCAAGCAGCCCAGCUGGAAGCCUCGGAUGAGGCCAAAGUGGAGGAAGAGUUGGAGACUAAGGAGGCUGAACCCCAGUAA